UAACUUUUUUUUUUUCUGAUUCGUAAUUUUUUUGUUUCCAAGUCUAUUUGAAGUGCUCUGUAUUUAUUGUGGGCCUUUUUUUUUACACGAAUGGACGGUUUUGUGCAAACGGCUUUGCAGCUUUACAGCACCACCAAUAAAGCGCUGUUAUUCAUACUCCACGUUGUGUUCAUUGUCGGAUGCAUUCAUAAAUGGCUACCACAGCAACAUCGACAAACACGCAGUCUCAAAUUGCCCGUGUCACCAGAAACGGUGUGGAAGAUCAUUUUGGACAUUGAUCGAUACCCCUCAUGGCGGUCGCACGUCAUUAGCAUACAGCCUCAGCAUUCUGCCAAUGCCAAAACGCUCUGUUUCAUUGAGCAGAUUGCGCAUACAAAGCAACAACUCGCUUAUAAGCGACGUAGCAAGACCGAGAGUCCGAUUCCCUGGAAAAACACGCGAGCACGAUCCGUCGCCAUGACUCGUAUCAGCAACGAGUGCCUUGUCCGCAUCGACCGCGGCACGCGUGUCAAAAGUGCCAAAGAUGGAACCCCGCUCAAGGCCAAGCUUUCCACCCUCCAACGCACGUGGGAAAUCGCCAUUCGUCCCGACGGUUACCACACCAUCUUUACCCUCACCGAAACCGUCCAUACACAAGGCAUGUUAGCCAGAUGGCUAGGCCCUGUCCUCGGUUUCCAUCGCGCUUCACAACGAUUUCUCGUUGAUCUCGUUCGAGAACUGGAUCGUUCAGUCAUCCUGUCCACCCAAAUCAAAACAUCACCUGCACCCCAGCACCCUCUCAAACAUUGAUGUUCCUAGCCGAAACCACGAAUGACCCAAGUUCUCAUUUUAAUUCCCUAUAUCCCCAUUCUUUAUAACCUCUGACACCUGAUCAUGCGUAGCACCAAAAAUGCAAUCCGCAAAUGGAUCCUAAUAUCUCU